AUGUCUGGGUCUCGCCGCACCCCACGUCGCAUUGGCGCUGCUCGCAUCGAGGCAGCGCCUUAUCAUCGCAAGAAGGCAUCUAGCUCGUUUUCGGUCACCACCCGCGCGCGCUCCUACGUAUCUGCUCCUCCUCCUACCUCUGUUCUUGAUGGCCAGAGCCGUACGUUGGCAGAGGUCGGUUUGGAAGCCCACAACUCUAGACUGGUGGAGGCAUCGUCAGAGGUAGUCACGGAGGAGGAGAAGCAGCGCUCUGCUGUUGCUCCCGACUUUCAUGCAAGUCUGCCGCGAGCGGGAUCAUCCAACGAGUCAAACGAUACAUCAAGAAUGUCUCAGCAGAACACUGCCGACGAAGUUCAGUCCUACAAGGACGCUUUAGCAGACACUUUAGCUGAGGUUGAGGCGCUCAAGGCUGAGCUGCAUUGCAUCAAGGAAAGCAAGGAUCUGGUGAUGUCAUGCACGGUAUGCUUCACGGCUGAGUCAACACCCCGCGUCCUUGGUUGCGGUCAUACACUCUGUGAGUCCUGCCUCACAGCCAUGUACCACGCCAAGCCCAGCAAGUCCUUCCUCGCUUGCCCAAUUUGCGACGAGCGUAUCAGCACCACUCGCACACCUGUCCUCUGUUAUCAAUUGCGAGACGCCUGGGCGCUCAGCAACGGAGUCUCGACGUCGGAGGAAGACGUGCAGUUUGUGUGGCCUCCUCGCGCGCAAUAG